AUGGCAGAAAUACAAGUGAACAAAAUGAAUUUUCCUAAAGAGGUUGAUGAUGAUGAUGAGUGUCCUAUUAAGGAAGUUGAAAUGACAGUGCCAAAAACUGAUGACCCUACAAUACCCGUCCUAACAUUUAGAAUGUUGUUCCUUGGAAUCACUUCUUGUGUUAUGUUAUCUUUUGUGAACCAAUUUUUUUGGUACCGUACUGAACCGCUGUCGAUUUCAUCAACAGCGGUUCAGAUUGCCGUGGUGCCCAUUGGACACCUCAUGGCGAAAAUCAUAACAAAAAGGGUAUUUUUUGAGGGCACGGGUUGGUCAUUUACGCUCAAUCCGGGCCCAUUUAACGUUAAAGAGCACGUGUUGAUUACCAUAUUUGCUAAUGCGGGCGCUGGAAGUGUUUAUGCUACUCAUAUAUUGAGUGCUGUUAAGCUUUACUAUAAGAGGCCACUUAGUUUUUUUCCUGCAUUGCUUAUCAUGGCCACAACUCAGAUGUUAGGUUUUGGUUGGGCUGGUAUUUUCCGGCGUCAACUUGUUGAGCCAGCAGAGAUGUGGUGGCCAGGCUGUUUGGUUCAGGUCUCCUUAUUCAGGGCUCUGCAUGAAAAGGAGACUAGAUCAAAGGGUGGUACAACACGGAUACAAUUCUUCCUCAUAGCCUUAGUUUUUAGCUUUGCAUACUACAUUUUCCCUGGUUAUCUUUUCCAGAUAUUGUCCUCAUUUUCUUGGCUCUGUUGGCUGGCCCCCAAAUCUAUCUCUGUUCAACAAUUGGGCUCUGGCAUGCGCGGCCUUGGCAUUGGUGCCUUAGGAUUCGAUUGGACAACGAUUUCAUCGUACCUCGGAAGUCCUCUGGCUAGUCCAUGGUUUGCUAGCGCCAAUGUUGCAGUUGGUUUUGUACUUGUAAUGUACUUGAUGACUCCCUUAACUUAUUGGUACAACGUUUACAACGCCAAGACUUUCCCAAUUUUCUCAUCCAGUCUCUUCACUCAAAAUGGGACGAAAUAUAACACUGAGGGAGUCAUUGAUUCGCACUUUCAGCUUGAUAAAGCUGCCUAUAAUCAAUAUGGAAAAUUGCAUUUGAGCACAUUUUUUGCCAUGACAUAUGGUCUUGGAUUUGCUGGUCUUAGUGCUACUCUUGUCCACGUUACUCUUUUCCAUGGAAGGGAAGUGUGGAGUCGAUUAAGAGAAUCACUUGGAUGCUUGGGACAGGAAAAGAAACCAGAUGUGCACACAAGGCUAAUGAAAAAUUACAAGCAGGUCCCUAAGUGGUGGUUCUAUAUUAUUCUUGUGGUGAACAUGGGACUAAUCCUCUUUACUUGUCAGUAUUAUCUUGAAACAUUUCAAUUGCCUUGGUGGUAUGUCUUGCUAGCUUUUGCUAUAGCUUUUUUUUUCACUCUGCCCAUUGGAAUAAUUACUGCCACUACAAACCAGCAACCAGGUCUUAAUAUCAUCACAGAGUAUGUUCUCGGAUUGAUAUACCCUGGCUACCCUGUGGCUAACAUGCUGUUCAAGGUGUAUGGGUACAUUAGCAUGUCCCAAGCUCUUAGUUUUGUCUAUGAUUUCAAGCUUGGCCACUACAUGAAAAUUCCUCCAAGGGCAAUGUUUAUGGCUCAGAUACUGGGCACAUUCAUAGCAAUAAUCGUAUACACAAUUACUGCUUGGUGGCUCAUGGAUACAGUGCCAAAUCUCUGUGACAUCUCUGUUCUACCAGACAACAGCCCGUGGCAAUGUCCACAGGACCGCGUUUUCUACGACGCCUCUGUUAUCUGGGGGCUCAUUGGGCCAAAGAGAAUAUUUGGACCACGUGGUGUUUACGUCAAUAUCAAUUGGUUCUUUCUGGGAGGAGCCAUUGCCCCCAUACUAGUUUGGUUUGCACACAAGAUUUUCCCUAAGCAGAAAUGGAUUCGCCUCAUACACAUGCCCGUACUAUUAGGCGCAACAGCCAUGAUGCCUCCAGCAAGCUCGGUGAACUACACGAGUUGGCUGAUUUUGGCUUUCCUCUCUGGCUAUGUUGUUUACAGACGGUGGCCUCACUUGUGGCAACGCUACAACUAUGUUUUAUCCGGUGGCCUGGAUGCUGGAACUGCAUUCAUCGCGGUCUUGUUGUUCAUUGCCUUACAAUCGAAAGAUAUCAGUGUUGACUGGUGGGGAAAUAAUGUAGAUGGAUGUCCAUUGGCUGCUUGUCCCACGGCUAAAGGGGUUAUUGCUAAAGGAUGUCCAGCCACAUUAUAAUUUUUUUUGCAGUAUUUCAUGAAGUCAUUAAUUUCUAUACUAGUUCAUGAACUCAUCAGUCUUUUCAACAUCUUGUACAGUCUUCCGUGAACUUGCACUUGUUAAUUUAGGAGUUCAUUAAGAUUCCAAAUAUU